AUGGCCGGCCUCUGUUCGCUCGCGCCCAGCACCAUGGUGCGGCUCGCCGAGACAGGCUCGAAGCGCGCCCCGCACGGCGUGGUGUCGGUGAAGAUCCCCAUGCCCACUAGCGUCGACGUUCAGUGGCCGGAGAAGAAGGACUUGGAGGAGAUCGACGUGGAGGAGAAACAGGAGGAGAAGUUGGACGAAGAGAUGCAGAACCUGAUGGAGGCGCACGAAGGAGGAGUAGGAGCUGCGCCGUUGUAA